GAGAGCAGAGCAAAAACAUACGAAGGGACAGACAGGAGUCAGGAAGAAAGACCAUCUCUGAGCUGCCUGUACAUUAAACACUGAUCUAGUGAAGAUGACAAAAGCAACAGCUGUCAUUGUGCUACUGUGUCUUUUCUGCGUCGGAUGCAUGUCUUUGUCUACUGGAACUUCAGCUCCUACCAAAUGCUGCUUCACGUUUUCUUCAGUGCGAUUACCACUUCGACUGAUAGAGAGCUAUGUUCAUACUUCCUCUGAAUGCCCAAAUGAAGCUGUCAUAUUUGUAACCAAAAAUGGAAAUGAACACUGCAGAUCUCUUACAUUAGACUGGGUACAAAAGUACACUGAAAAGCUACUAAAAAAUUAGAGCUGUCAGAAAUACCUACAAAACAAUAAAAAGUAAACAAGUUGUAAAAAUAUGUACUAAAUUAUUGAAAUUUUAUUAAUAUAAACCAAAAAUAAUUGAUUCAUUUUGUAUUUUAGCAAGUUACACAAUUUGCAAAUGUAACUGUAUGUUUGUUUCAUGAAACAUUGUGGUAAACUGUUCCACAUUAUUUUACAGAAUAAAAAUAAGACCUAGAGGAAAAAUAAAAUCAUUACAUUUGAUGCA